UCCGUGACCCGGAAGUACUUUUUUGGUGUCGCUGAUAAGAUGCUGGUAUCGUGCAUGGUGUUUGGCGCAAAUUCACACUUUUUGCUAAAUAACCUACAUCUACCUAUAUAUGUUGUGGCCUUUCACAUGAUUGUUAACGAAAAUAGGCCGAACUUUGAACGGUGAGUCAUGGAUGAUCUGGAGUCAGAACCCAGGGUGCCUGGAGAAGAACAGGGCGAAAAUGAGUCUUCAGAUGACGAUGAAUCAAUCAACAGAAAACGAAUCAAGAAACAAAACCUUCCCCUGGCGCCUCCUUUAUUUAAAGAGACUACCUGUGAGACUGGCUUUCACAAGACCACAAGGAACUGCCUCCAGCACAUCAGGGAGGACUUGCUGCACCAUAGAUGGCAGGAUGCCGCGGAUUACAUGGCCAGUUACUCACAGACACUGGAGGAUACCACUGCAAACAUGCCACAACUCUACGCUGAGAUAAUUUGGAGGAUAGGCACAGAGAUACUACACCACCAUCCCGACUCGAAGCUGGAAGACUACAACAGUUUCUAUGAGCGAGUGAAACACUCAGGAGUAAAGAAUUACCUGAAGGUCUGUCUGGAGCACUCGUUCCAUCUCCUGGUCAAUGGGCAGUUUGAGGAUGCCAAGCGUCAGCUGUCCAUCGCUGAGAGCUGGAGGUAUGGCAAGCUGUCUGCCGGUCAGUCCCAGAGGAUUAGGCUGAUCCAGGCCUAUAGUGGCUUCCUGGAUUAUUUCAUCUGGUGUGACAAGAAAGCCACUGCAUCCAGCACAGAUGAGUAUGAUGCAGCUGUCAACCAAGAAAUGCAUAGCUACUUCCGACAAUCUUCUGUGAACCUGAAGGAGAUCAUGAAGCUUCCUGGCGUCUGGGAUCCUUUUGUUCUGAGUUACAUUGAUAUGCUGGAAUUCUACAACGAUCACGAGGGAGCUGUGAAGGUUCUAAAUGACUAUGCCUAUGACAAGAGUUUCCCCCCCAACCCCAAUGCCCAUGUCUACCUAUACCGGUACAUGAAGAAACAGAACCACCCACUGAAGAAACUUCUCAAAGUGCUGAAGAUCCUGCAUACAUUGGUCCCAAGUCAUGAGUUGAUGCCUGAAUACUGUUCUCUUCUGGUACAGUCGGUAAAGGAUGAGUUUUUUCCAGAGAAAGAGGGUGAUCUUCAGAAGGCUCUAGGUGUGGUUCUGGAUCUCCUGGACUACUCCAGUUGGAGGAGCAACUUGGCUGUCUGGAACCAUUUGAUGAACAUCAUCAAGAGACUGAGGAUGAAAAAGCAAUGGCUGAAGAUUUUUGCUGAAGAGAUGGGUUACAGAAAGGACUGGUGGCUAGCAAUACACUUCUCAACAUUCCAGGCCAGGAAAGAUUCGGCAGAGAAUAGAGAGCUACUGGAAGUGAAGAGCUUUGUGGUUGGAGCCUUUUGUCCUCGCUAUACCUCCAUGUACUGCGGUGUUGGUAAGGCAGCCCGAAAAGGAGUAACUUCUGAGGUUCAAAAGGCUAAGAGGAAUCCUAAACAGCUAAGAAAUAUAAGAAGGCUCAGAAGAGAAAGUGGACAGCAAAGCCAAGACUGACCUUGAGGAAGCUCCUGGAAUGCCACUUGUUCCAACUACAUAAUUUUUCUUGUCUAGAAUGUUCUUGGUUAUCUGCAUACAGUAGUUGCAGCCACGAUGACCAUUCCCCCCUUCAAGAGGCAGGCCUCUCUCAUUGCACUGCAAUGAAUUACGUGUCAAGUUCUGUGAUUGUCCACCAGGGAGCACUCAAGCUAUGGCUACGUUUUUGAGUUGCUCUGCAUGCUGCUGCUCCAUUGUUUUUAAAAGAAGCUGAGGCAGAAAUUGAAGCAUGGUGGUAGUUGGUAGGGAAUAGGGAGGUUGGGUGUGCUGCAGUAUUAAGUCUAGGCGGUAAUAAGCUCUGAGGCAGGUGUGGCCUCAACUGAACUUCCGCUGAUUCAUGGAGAACCCAGCUGCAUUUAGGUGGAGGCGACGUGUUGGAAUUGCUAAAACAUUUAGCGACGCCAAAGAAUAGCAUCAUGGCAACAGACGCAAAGGGUAGUGCAGCGAUACAGAGGGGGACUUUUCUUUUUUUUUUUGUAAACUGCUGUUGCGAUUCUUCAGUCACGUUCACGUGGCACGACAGACACCCUCGAUAAAACCUUCGCUCUGGAGUCCUGUCUCUGUGUGAUGACAUCACAUGAGUGAUAUCCCUGGUUGGAAGCAGCCUUGGGUCCCUGAGGUAAAAUAGAGGGAGGGAGAGCACACACCCUUGGCUCCUUUCACACCUAUCCAUCACACACACACAGGUGGAACGCAAAUCUGAUUACUUUACACCCCUCCAGCCUCUUGAUGCAGGAUAACAGAGCUCAAUUUCACAGGCCAAGGGUUUGCAAGCUGCCAGGGAACAGUGGGCCUAGCUUCAUCAUGGUUAAGUACUACAUCACAUACUCAUGUUUGUUAUCAGAACCUGUGAUGAAGCCUUUGGUUCCUGAACAACUAACUGUGGUUUAUGGCCAGUACUAUGCAAAGUCAGGAAGUUACAUGAUCAAAUACUCUGUACUGUGAAGUGAAUGACUUGAUUGUUUCAAUUUGUGCUGUUGUACCUGAUUCAUUUUUGUAGUCUCUGUGCUAUGGUCAAUGUGGCUGCUAUAUUUUGUACCAUUUUGUUACUGAUUAAACACUGUUGUUUGGGUGGCUGAGUAGCUCUAAAUGAA